AUGGUAAUUGAUAUACUGGUCGAUGAACGAUGUGGUUUAGAUCUUGUGCUAGAUGAUCAGUGUGCUCAAAUUCAAUAUUGGUCUCAUGACCUAACAACAGCUGUCAUUAAUCUACUCGACUGGCCAGCUGUUGCCCUUCCUGUGACGUUUGCAGACAAGGAAACAGAUGUCAACGACGCGACAUACAAGGGCAUUAGUCCACUGGACACGGAAAUACACAAUGAUUAUGAUGCCGAUAUUUACCAUGGAGCUCCCGUAUCUGUACAAGUUAUUGGCAGACGAUUACAAGAAGAAUAUGUCAUUGGACUGGCUGAACAGAUUGGAGUUGCUUUGUCUCUGUAG